GAUAUCUUUGAUUAAGGAAUCAUCUGAACAACCGUCAACAGUUGCCUUCAAGGAUCCAUCUCUUCGAGCGGGUCAUAUUGUGUCAGCUAAAAAAAAGCCCAAAAGCCCAAAUGCCAUCAGGAAACAUAAGAAAGCCAGCAGAAUUAAAGAUAAAGAGGUCAAAUCGGAAAGCAGCAAACAUGAAAAACCCAGACAUAAAAUUGUCAAGAAAACCCAACAUCACAAAAAUAGAGUAAUGCAGACAUCUUUCUCUGAAAAAGGAAGCGAUAUCUCACUCAAUGAGACACCACCUUUAGAACUUGAUCGUGCUAAGUCACCGGCCUUUGCUAUCGUGGAAAUUGAAAAAAAAAGUUUGUCCCCAGACACUAAGCCGUUAGCCUCACGUCUAAGAAUAGCUAUGGGAAAGUCAAGCCAGAAUCUGCUUACAAAAGCAUCGUCCAGCACGGUCUCUAAAAUAACAUCAGGCUCAUCAAGGGCAGACCUGAAGCCACUGCCAAAAAUUGCUAAAAAACAUGGGCCACAUUUGAAAAGCCAUAAAACAAUGACCAAGCAGUCUGGCCAUAAAGAGAGAGUUGAAAAGCACAUGUCUAUUUUCGGAACUGAAAAGCGCGUGUCCAUUUUUGGAACUGAAAAGCGGGAAAGCCAAGGACGCAAAGACUCAAAUUUUACCACUCCAAAAGGAAUUAUAACCAAGAAGAAUCACCAGAUAAGGUAACAAUUGCGCACCAUACAUUUGGAUAUUUUUUUCAAAUUAAUAUACAAAUCAUUGUUGGGGUUCCAGUUAUUUUAAUUCUAUUAAAAAUAAUCAUAGAUCAAAAUUUAAAUUUUUUAAAAAGUCACCUAAAUAUCAAAGCAGUGAACCAAACAGCCCAUGUAUUAUUUAAUUGGUCUUUUUUCUGUAGAUUUAGUUUAAGGCCAAACUAUAAAUUAUCUCUAUUUUUGUUCGAAAUGUUUGUAAAGUGUUUUAAAAGUUUCAUGGUUUUAAUCUGUUUUAUUUUCCAAAAUGCAACAUCCAAAAAGGGUAAUGAAGACUUUGAAAAUCAAGGAAGCUAAUAAAGGUAAAAGAAGAUAAUAUAUUUGUCAAUUGAACACAUUUUCACACAAGUUUAGAACAAGUGGAAAUUGUGAACACACUGUGUGGCUUAGCCACAUAUUGUCUCAAAUUUGAGCUGUUUGAUCUAACCAUUUCUUUCACAAUUGCUCAUUUAAAAACAUUCACAUUGAUAACUUGUUUUUAAAUGAUAAAUUGAUAGUGCUGUAUCUGUCUGUCAAAGCUCUGGUCUCCAAGUCUCAUUUUUACACUGUCAUUCGAGAAGGCAUUUAAAAAGAAAUGUUGACUCCAAAACCAAACGUAAACUACAUGCAUAAUCCUAAAUUGUUCACACUUGAGCAAAACUACUUCAGCUCAAGAGAUAUCAGGAAAUUCAACGACCUAAGGACCAUUUCUUUAAAACUGAAAUCUUAACAGCAGUGGACUAAAGUUGAUAGCUACACAUUACCCAUCCUUACUUCUCUGAAUAAUACAUGCUACUCUUUUCACUUUGUGUUCGGCAUACCUAUGCUAUAACUGAAAUACCUUCAUAAGCUUUUUAAGUUGACCAAAUCUGGGAAACAAAAUAAAUCUUCAAAUAUGGAAUAGCAAAGAAGAAAGAGUAACAAUGAUGUACAUAAUUAAGAGAUUUGAAUCUUUAAAUGCAUAAUUCUCAAAGCUAGCUAUUCCUCAACUAAGGUCAUACUUUUUUUCUUCUUUAAAUUUCCCUCUCUGACAUUUUCAAAUAAUCUAUUCUAUAUGCUAUUCCCACUCUGCCCUAAAUUCCCUUAAUUAUUUACAUUAUUUUAAUUUUCACAGACGGCUUUCAUGACACGGCAGAUUACAAAAGUGUUUCAGAGACUGCCAGGUACUCGUGUACUUUUAAAUACAGUUUCAUUAUUAAUUUUUGAAUAUAUGUAGCCGAGUGGAUGACGUAGCUUACAGUUUAAAUGAAAUCACAAUAAAACAAUCAGGUCUGAGAACUAUAGCUUUUAAUGUAAAAGGUACAAUGCGUUGACAGAGCCGACAGGAAAAUCUCUCACACCUGCCAUCGACCCGACGCAUCCGUUCCACACCACAAUCUCAAAAAUGUACACACCUCAAGUCCCAGUUCGCCCCCCUCCCACACACACACACAGUCACAGGGAACCCGCGUCCGAGCUGACCAUGGGUCAACCCCGUAGCAGGGAUGGUUAUUCCCGCGUCUAAAUAACCUACAUAAAAUUUAAGGCCAGUACACGGCUGAGUGUUACGUUGAAUGACCAUGGAUAAUGGAUGUGUACGUGCACUAUGACUAUGAGAGUGGCUUCUCUUAUAUAGUGGCACAUUGCCACAUAUAGAUACAUAAAUCAAUUGAGCGGUUCAACCUUAUGCUAGGCCAGGAAAAAAAAAUGAAAGUACCGCUCAGCUUGUGAUCCACCAUUCAAUCAUUGAAAUGUUUUGUAUUUUUUUAAACCACACACAGAAACCAGAACAGAAGAAAAAAAUUUGUUGCAACCCGCCACUAGUGGGGUUUCAAUUUUAUUGAACAGAAUCACAUCAUGAGGCUUCAUCUUUCCAAAGUUGUGCUACCCUUAAAAGAUUGUAAAAUUAAUUAAAUAAGCAGCUGUUGAAUGUAAUUAUUUUAUUAUUCAGGAAGCUUCCCCUAUUACAUUCAUUGCAUUACUUUACCUUUAGUUUGAACACUGGUAAUACAGUUAGCUACACACUGUGUGCCAUGUCUUACCAAGCCCACUCAGAAUGACAGAUGAGGCAUCAUUAGCUUUUCAUUUCAAAGUUUAAGAAGUAACAUUUAAAACCUAGCUAUUAAAAAAAUUAGAUGUGUGUUGUUGAUUUUUUAAACAGUAAAUAAAGGGAAUGAAGAUUUGAUAAAUUCUAAAUUAUUUUCUUACUUGGCAUUUAUAAAUCUUUCAUGGAAAAUACUGAGCAUAUUAUCAUUUUAUUAAACUUGAAACUUUUUUUUUUCUUUUUUUAAGCCUUAUUAUUUGUUUAAUAAAAAACAUGUUUUCAUUCAUAUCAGUUGUUUGUUUUGAUAUUAGCAGUUUUACAUUCUAUUAAAUUAUUACUUUGACACACUCACUUCCUUCAGCUCCACAUCAGUUAGGCCAGCUACUGGGGAUCAAAGUAAGUCAGUAGAUUUAGACGUGACAGUUAAUUAUUAUUUAACAUUUUAUCUGGGUUGGGGUGGGGACUGCAUUGUUAGUAAAGACAUGCAUUUCCAAAUUUCAUAAAUUUGUCUGGGCAACACGUCACCUCUUGAACUGGUUGUCAUUAGAUUGUUGAAACCUUUUUCCCUACUCCCCCAAGCUUCCAAAUUUGUUUUUAUAGAUCAGUUCCAUGUCCUCAGAUGAUAAUGAAAACAGUUCAGUGGAUUCCAGUGUUCAAGAACAUCUGCCAGCUAUUACAGAGAGCAAAGCUGGAAGGUACUGA